CAUGAGACAUCCGACCAAAUACCGUUUAGAAGGAAAAUGGUUGAAAAUAUGAUCAUGAAAGUAAUAGUUUUUGAGAGUAAUAAUGAAGCUUCGAAUAGCAAUUAUCAUUCUCAAAUUGUAACGGCUAAUUAGCCUGUUAUUUUAAACUCUCUCCCCAUCUCCCAGUACAGGGUCUAUAAAAACCACCGGAAUCUUGCCACCUCCGUUACCUUUGGAAAGCCAAGCUCACCUCGUCGUUGCUAGGGCAAGAUGACGACUCUCUCCACCAAGCCCAAACCCUCCACCCUCCACACUCUCACAGUAGAUCCCUUGGCUCCCUAUAACCGUGUCCACUCUCUCCUCUACUCCCUUGGCAUCCUGGCCCUUCUCUACCACCACUGCACCACCUUCCUCGCCCCCCCCUCCUUCCUCUCCCUCCUCCUUUUCCUCGCCGAUCUUGUCCUUGCCUUCAUGUGGGGCCUAGUCCAACCAUUUCGGUGGCGCUCGGUCCGGCGCCGGGAAUUCCCGGACCGCCUCAUCGACACGGUGGGCCGGAAGAACUUGCCGGCAUUAGAUGUGUUUAUAUGCACUGCAGACCCACACAAGGAGCCACCCAUGAGCGUCGUGAGCACGGCACUAUCGGUGAUGGCCUUCGACUAUCCGACCGAUAGGCUCUCGGUCUAUAUCUCUGAUGAUGGGGGCUCGGAGGUGACUCUCUUUGCGUUCAUGGAGGCGGCCAUGUUCGCCAGGUACUGGUUGCCAUUCUGCAGGGAGAACGGGCUUCAGGAGAGGUCUCCUGAGGCCUAUUUCAGCUCCAGUGUUGGUGGAAACUCUGACAAGAUGAAGGCGAUGUAUCAAUCCAUGAAAGAGAAGGUAGAGAGUGCAUUGCAAAGAGGCUAUGUAGCUGGCAAUGAUUUAAUUGCCACUCCUAAAGAACUAGAGAUUUUCAAGAAAUGGAAGGGAUUUACCCGUCGUGAUCAUCCGUCAAUAAUUCAGGUUUUGCUGGAAAGCAGUAAAGACACAGAUAUCAUGGGCGACGCAUUACCAAACCUCAUCUACCUCUCCAGAGAGAAAAAUAUCAAUUCUCCCCACCACUUCAAGGCUGGUGCUCUCAAUACCUUGGUCCGGGUGUCCAGCAUCAUGACCAAUGCCCCGGUGGUCCUCACUUUGGACUGUGACAUGUACUCCAAUGACCCCCAAGCUCCUCUCCGAGCUCUGUGCUAUCUUUUGGACCCGGCCAUGGCUUCCAACCUCGCCUACGUCCAGUUUCCGCAGCACUUCCAGGGACUCAACGAGGACGACAUCUAUGGGGGCGAGGUAAAGCGCCUGUUUCGAAUUAACCCGCGAGGGGUGGACGGGUUCAGUGGGCCCAGCUACGUGGGCUCCAAUUGUUUCUUUGACAGGCGGGCCUUGCACCCUUCACCCCUGGCUCCAUUGAGCUCGCACGACGCGAGCGAGCCGAGGGAUCGUGGUUCGUUGCAUUUGGACUCGGUGCUGAAACGGGCUCAUGAAGUUGCUAGUUGUAACUACGAGGUUGGCACAAAAUGGGGUUCAACGAUUGGAUUUCGUUACGGGUCGCUUGUCGAAGACUACCACACAGGCUAUCGCCUACAUUGUGAAGGUUGGAAGUCUACAUUUUGUGAUCCUGAGAGGCCAGCGUUCGUAGGCGAUGCGCCAAAGAACUUAAAUGAUGCCCUCGGCCAAGUCAAGAGAUGGUGCAUCGGGUUCUUAGAGGUGGCCAUCUCAAAGCACAAUCCCCUCACUUUUGGAAUCAGGAACGCUUCAUUACCUGUAGGCUUGUGCUACGCAUAUUACGCUUAUUGGGGAUCAUGGUGCAUUCCUCUCACAAUCUACGCUUUUCUCCCACCAUUGGCUCUCACCUACCAGAAGCGCUUGUUCCCCGAGGUUUUUGACCCAUGGUUCUAUCUGUAUGUCUACCUCUUCUUGGCUGCCUAUAUUACGGACCUUGUCGAUUUCCUCAGGGCCAAGGGAUCAAUUCAUAGGUGGUGGAAUGAUCAAAGGAUAUGGAUGGUCAGGGGCCUCACAUCUCAUCUCUUUGGAACUAUACAGUUCGCACUCAAUCAUGUUGGCAUAUCCACUCCAGGGUUUAAUGUAACCAGCAAAGUGAUAGAAGAGGAGCAAAGUGAGCGGUAUGACAAGGGAAUGUUUGAUUUUGGCAUAGCAUCGCCAUUCUUUGUGAUUUUGGGUACAGCGGCCAUCGUAAACCUGAGUUCCUUUGUCAUAGGGAUUGCAAGAGCUGCGAGGAUUGAGGGGGUUUUCAAUGAAAUGUUCCUGCACUUGUUCUUAUCUGGAUUUAUCGUGGUCAACUGCUUGCCUAUCUAUGAGGCCAUGUUUUUGAGGAAGGAUGGUGGGAAGAUGCCGGGAAAUGUCACAUUAAUCUCCAUUUUGGUGGCAGGUUUCUUUUACUUAAUUGGAUAUUUUAUGUUCAUAAUUUGAUGAGGUUGGCAUACACUUUCAGCUAGCAAGGGUGGAAAACUAUAUUAUAGAUGUAACUAUGACUACAUCGAGUCUAUCAAAUGUAGCCUAUUCAGUACAA